CUCUCUCUGCUUACCCCUGCCACUUCCAUUUUCAGUAGUUGUACUACCACUAUUUCUCUGCAAACCCAUUCACUCACUCAACCCUCCUUUUUCCUCCUCUCCCUUUCUUUACCCACCCAUCCCCCACUUUCUCUCUUUACCCACUUCGCCUCUGUAUACUGGCUCUCCCAACCAUGGAAGCUUUUAGCCUGCUCAAGUAUUGGCGAGGUGGCGGCCUUGUUGCUUCCUCCGCUCCUCCUAAUGGCCCUAACAAUGUCACCUCCGCCGCCGCCACCAUCCUCACCGCCGUCGCUGAGAACAGCGACGAGAGUCAUGAAACUGACGACGACGACGACGACGACGACGGACCUUUCUUUGACUUGGAGUUUGCCGUCCCCGACGAGGCCGAAGCCCACGAAGCCUCUGGAAGCAGCGACAGCGCCACCAGCGGCGAAGAGAGUGAGGUGGAAGUGCACCAAGAUGGGGAAGAUGAUGAGUCCGAUGAUGAUGACGUGGACGUGGACGGUGAGGAGGGUGAGUUUAACUUCACUGUGUCUUCCGGGUCGAGCAAUGACGGCACCGAUCCGAAUCUGUCGAUGUCUCCCUCUGACGAUUUGUUUUUCAAGGGUAAGCUGGUGCCGAUUGAGCCUUCCUCCAUUGUGUUCAACCCGUCCGAGCCGAACUCCAAGGCUCAAUUCGCAGGGUCGCUGCUCAAGUCCGCCACCAAGUUCCGGGUCUUCAUGUCGGGUCUCAAGAAAUCCAAGUCCAAUUCCAACGGCCCGGAAAACAAAACGGAACCUACAAACGGAUCCGUACAAGAACAACAUGAAAAACAAGAGAAUAAGCAACAGAAGCAGGGGAAGCUUUUCACGGUGAAGUUGAAGGUGGAGGAAGUUCCCAUUGUGUCCUUGUUCACCAGAGACAACAGCUCCAGAAUCUCCACCAAGACCCAGAACCAGAAAACCCAGAGUUCCGAAGAAGCUGCUUCUGAGGAGAGGCGCUUUUCGAAAGAGGUAAUGCAGAAGUACUUGAAAAUGGUGAAGCCUCUCUACGUCCGCGUUUCGAAACGCUACGGCGAGAAGACGAGGCUCUCCGGUCAACUCAGCGUAAGCAGCCCGCAGCCGGCGGAGAAGAGCCAGGCGGAGGCUGAAGUUUCGGAACCGGCGGCGAGCAAUGUGAAGAGUACUUUGAAGCAGGGGAAUAUUCCGGCGGGUUUGAGAGUUGUUUGCAAGCACUUGGGGAAGAGCCGCUCGGCUUCUUCGGCUGUAGCCGCGGCUCCACCGGGAACUGUGCUGUCACAGAGGAGAGACGAUUCGCUGCUGCAGCAGCAGGAUGGGAUCCAGAGCGCCAUUCUCCAUUGCAAGCGGUCAUUCAAUGCUUCCAGAGAUUCCGAUUCUACUCCGCUAUCCCGGUCGGUGAGCGAUUCCUGCAACGAGAAGGCGUCACGAAAACCGUCGGAUCAAGGCGGAGAGGUUUGAUCCAACGGCUGUCAUCUCUGGCAUAAAAGGCGGGAAGAUUGGCCCAGAAAGAGGGACAAAAGAAUCACCGGUCAACAGUCCAAGUCAAACAGUGUUCAGAUUGCAUUGUAAUCAUGCUCGAAUGAAAGGGAGCAAAAAAGGGUCCGUUUUCUUGUUGGUUGUAAAUGUUUUCAGAAA